AUGAACCUGUCGGCGUCGGUGUGCUCCGCCGCGAAGCGCAUUCAGAAGGAGCUCGCGGACAUCGGCGCGGAGCCCUCCGCGGACUGCUGGGCGGGGCCGAAAGGCGACAACCUCUUCCAGUGGGUCGCCACCCUGCUCGGCCCGCCAGACUCGCCUUAUCGUGGGGGAGUGUUUUUCCUCGUCAUUGCCUUUCCCCAGGACUACCCCUUCUUAUCCGUUUCCCCCUCCUACCCACUCCAUCUCGUUCCCCCUCUCCUUCAUACUGCAGACUCGCCUUAUCGUGGGGGAGUGUUUUUCCUCGACAUUGCCUUUCCCCAGGACUACCCUUUUAGGCCGCCACAGGCCGCCACAGGUGUGUUUCGGCACGCGCGUGUACCACUGCAACGUGUGCAGCGCCAGUGGGCUCGUCUCUUCCAUGCCUACUUGUGUGCCCAUGCGCUUCCAUCCAACCCCAUCCCCCCGACACCCCACCCUUGCCCCUUGCAUCCACGCAGGUGUCUUUCCGCACGCGCGUGUACCACUGCAACGUGUGCAGCGCCAGCGGGCGCAUCUCUGCCCUCCUUCUUGCCUGCCAUGCCCUGCCACCCCCUCGACCCAUCCCCUUCUUCCCCGUGCCGCCUUGCAUCCACCCAGGUGUGUUUCCGCACGCGCGUGUACCACUGCAACGUGUGCAGCGCCAGUGGGCGCAUUCGGCUGCAUCUGCUGGACGAUGGCUGGAGCCCUGCCAUGACCAUAGCCCGCGUGCUGCAAGCCAUCAUCCACCUGCUGAGGUUCCCUGUUCCUGCCUGGAGCCCUGCCAUGACCAUUGCGCGCCUGCUGCAAGCUGUCAUUCAUCUCCUAAAGUUCCCCGUGCCAGGGCUGGUUGGCGGGUCAGUGGUGGGGAAUCCGGGGAUGGGCGGUGCUGCAUGGGGGGUGGAGGCUCGGCAGUGGGGUGACGGCAAGAGUGUGGAGAUUCGACAGAUGAAGGACAACUUUGGGGUGGUGCUAAUGAAUGUGGCAGAGGAGGUUAUUAACGAGCUGGGGAUGAAGACUGGUGCGGAUUACAAGAAAGAGUUCUUCAAGCUGCGGCAGCAGGAGUUCCAGCCGCUCAAGAAGGCCAACUUUGGAGGGCUGGCGUCGCUGGGGCAGAGCUUCACAGUGAACGAUGUGCCCUACUUCAACUUCCAGUCGUACAUCCAGUGGAAGCUGAUCGCCCGCCUGUUCCCCACACAGCGAGUCAGGCAGGAGAUCAGUGCCCGCCUGGGGAGGAAGCUUCUAGACCGAGUGGCACCAGAAGCAGUCACUAUCGCUCUUGCACUCCCCCCAUCCUCCCUCUCCUCCUCCUCUUCCUCCUCCGCUUCCCCCUCGCCAUCCUCCUCCACGUUCUCCCCCCUCUCCCCCGCCACCUCCCUACCAUUCGCCCGCAUCGCCACGUCAGCACCGCCAGCAUCAUCAUCAGCCGAACAGGUGGACGACCAGGAUUGGCUGGACCCGCCGUCGCUGCUGUCAAAGCAAUCCCUCCCACCACCACCACCACCAGCAGCAGCCGGAGGGGGGGAGGUGCGGCCAGCAGGGCUGGUGGCUGGGGUGGAGGAGAUUUUGCAACGCCUGCUGGACGUGGGGUUCCUGCAGGCCUACACUGUGGACUGGGUGGCAGCAGCAGGCGGUGGUGGGGCAGAGUGGGAUAAGGAUCGCCGAGGCAGCAUGCAAGUGAAGGUGCAGGGACCGGCCAAUCUGGAUGGAGCAGUGCUGUUGCUUGCAGAGAGUAACUAUGCUCAGCGCUACUCCUCCUCCAUCAUCCGAGCCUUCUUUGAGCGAAUGGGGGUGCAGGCUGACGUGGAUGAGUACUUCUACAGGGAGAAACUCAAUGUACGACAGUAA